AUCGCAAAAUUAUCGCAGCCGUUCUCUGCGUUUUAUGAAAUACAUCAAGAGCCGCAGUAGCGGGUAGCGAUCCGAAAGCAAGUUUGAGCCGUCAGAUUCCAGGACGUCCGUCGAGGUACCGCGUCCCUCGGUGGUUAUGUGAACUUACACCACCAAGGCCGAGACCUACACUCCUUUACACGUUUGGUUCUUAAAACUUUGGGCACAGUAUAAUAAUGUGGUAAUAGAUGUUUUCAUGCUGGUUACCAGAAGAGAAGAUUUGCAGGAAUAUCUUUUCAGAAAUGGACGAAUGGAUGGGAUUGCAAGAGUCGGUGGAUAAAAAGACUUUUGAAAUACUAUUACAUUCCAUCGAAAAUCUUGUGGGAAAGGAAGACAUAGUCGUUACGUGUUCUAUGGAACAUAAUGGGAUUAUGUUGGAUGAAAGCGAUUCAAUAUUGAUCAAAGCGACUACUGACGAAGAAAAGCUUCAUAAUCUCGAUUUCCUUGUUCAGGGAGUUAUUAUAAAGAAUAAGGACAGCCUUAAUUCGCUCGUAUCAGCACCUAUAAUAAUAAAAAUUACACAAAACAUAAAUAACGACGAUGACGCGCGGUCUGUCUCUUCGAAUAUCGAAAGCAAGAAGAAGUCGAUAUUCAGUACAAAAUCUUCGAUACUUCCCACUUCGAAAAUAUUAGGGAUGUGUAACGUUGAUAUAAUGCCAUUGAUGUUAGGAGAACAAAAAUUUACCGAGAAGCUAAUUCUAGAAACGCCAAGCUUUUCUUUCGAUGAAUCGAUGAUUUCAUGGCAAAAUCUACCGCGUUUAACAAUAACAAUUACGCAGAACUUUACGCCGAUUUUUCAUCCAGAAGAACAAAUAAACUUUUUGAGCAUUACUGUCGAAAGUAUAUACAAUCCACCGGAAUCCUUUACGGAAAAUUCACGAUACAAAGCUGGCACAAUAGCGUUCGUCGAUAGCCAAACUCCCAAAAAUAUAAUAUUCGAUCACGGUAUAUUUACGAGAAAUCGUGACGUUGAGAGAACGAAACGAUGGAACAGUUUGCGUCAAGUGGAAAAUCGGGCACAGCUCUCGAAAUACAAACUGGACUGCGAUUUCAUGAUCGUGAAAAAUGAUUUAAAAAAACAGUGUGAUUUAGCGAAAAUGACUUGCAAAGAUAUACCGCGAAUCGAGUGGAACUCUAUGAACAGAUGUAUUUUAUGGGAACCAGGCAUCGAAACGAUGCGAAAUCAUAUUCAAAAACAUAAAUAUUGGCCCUUCCAAUUUGAAGUAACUGAAACGGGUAACGUAAAUAUAGCAAAACCCAAAGGCAGUCCGUCGGCUACGACACAACUAUAUCAAUGCUACGUCGAUGUUUCUGAACUUCUUUUUCCAGGAAGAAGGAAUUGCCGUGUAGUGGGACAAUUGUACACGUACAAUCCAGCGGACAUAUCGGAAAAACUGGAGCUUGAGAAGAAUAUUUUCAAUUCGGAAUCGCCGCGCAAGGAAUCGAAAGAGAAAGACAAGAAAAGUAGAGCGUCAAAACAGUCGAAUCAAUCAGAGACUGAGACGAUCCCAAGCACGCCCCUAACUACCGAAAGUGGAGAACCUACGAUCAUAGUCAUCGAAAUAGAACUUCACAAACCUUUGGUCGCUUGCAGAAUUGAAAAGGAUUUCGCAGAUUUAAUAAGCUCCAUGAUACCUGAAACGGAACAAAAACAACGUCAUGUGUACUCUAGCGACGUAGCGGAAGAUCAAUAUGUUUGCUGCAUUCAAAAAUUGACAGAAGUUCUCACGGAGUGUUAUCGAAUAUUAAGUUCGACGUACCGAAAGCUAUACGAUGCUUACGCAGGAAGGAAUUGCCGUGUAGUGGGACAAUUGUACACGUACAAUCCAGCGGACAUAUCGGAAAAACUGGAGCUUGAGAAGAAUAUUUUCAAUUCGGAAUCGCCGCGCAAGGAAUCGAAAGAGAAAGACAAGAAAAGUAGAGCGUCAAAACAGUCGAAUCAAUCAGAGACUGAGACGAUCCCAAGCACGCCCCUAACUACCGAAAGUGGAGAACCUACGAUCAUAGUCAUCGAAAUAGAACUUCACAAACCUUUGGUCGCUUGCAGAAUUGAAAAGGAUUUCGCAGAUUUAAUAAGCUCCAUGAUACCUGAAACGGAACAAAAACAACGUCAUGUGUACUCUAGCGACGUAGCGGAAGAUCAAUAUGUUUGCUGCAUUCAAAAAUUGACAGAAGUUCUCACGGAGUGUUAUCGAGAUGAACUAAUGUGUUUCAGACAAUAUUUGUAUAAAACUGGGCUCUACUUAACUAUAUGUAAUACGUUAAGAUCGAAAAUUCCCAUGUUAAUAGAUCAAAAGUUCGAGUUACCCAAAAAUAUGGUGGACUCCAACGAAAGUCAUAAUAUUAUUGCAUCCAUAUACACGUAUUUAGUAGAGCAGAUGCAUCUUGCUAUAAACAAAAUGGUUGAAGGUCGAUUCACACAGGAUGUUUCGGAUUUCGAUAACUCUGACAGAAUAUAUUUCUAUGCCGAAGAGGCUUACGAGCUUGGUGAAUUUAAUCAUGCCAGAAUGUAUUACACAAAGGCGAUAGCAAGAAAUAAAGGCGAUCCGUAUCCUUGGACGCAGUACGCGAUUUUUCUGCAUAAAAUAGGUGACAUAGAUCGCGCGAGAGAAUGUUCCUUGGAAGCAAUCAAAUUAGAUCGUCAAUAUGCGAUCGCAUUGUUAGUGCAAGCUAUGGUCUUGUUCAAACAAAAACAAUAUAGGGAAGCAGAAAUUUUUUUAAAUGCUAUCGUCGAUUUUCAUCCACAUUUCUUCGAAGGAUGGGCGAUCUUGCACCUCUUUUACAUACGAACAGAAUAUUAUCCAGGGGUGGAUCUUACGUUACGUAUAGCGGAGAAAUGUAUGCACGGCAAAAGUCAUCCGAUAACGCUUGACGAAGAACCACUCAUUUGGACUUCUGUCCAUUGUCCCAAAGAUAACAUAUACAUGAGAGUUGCAACGUUCUUACUAAAGCUGCACUUUUGCGAGGUAAUAUUUUCGAUAUGAAUUAUCAUAAUUAAAUAGUUAAAUGUUAAAAAUCAAAUGUACAAUCGUGGAACUUCUCUACAACUUUUAAUUAUUAUACAUAUACUCUGUUGAAUGUAUCGUCGAAAUAAUUAUAAUUUAAACAUUUGUUUCGAAUCAUUCAAUCAGGAUCAUUCGGUCAGUACUCUAAUGGGACAUUGUUACUAUAAAAUGGGAAACACGGAAAAGGAAUUGGAAUGCUACGAAUUCGCGCGUAUGCUUUUCGAUAGACCGGACAAUUUGUAUUUGGUGGAAGUUAGAUUAGGAUAUCAUUAUUAUGAUGUCGGCGAUUUUGAUCGAGCGAGACGUAUUUUUCUAAGCGCUUGUAACUCUUCUCCGACUUCUUUGACUUGGUUUGGUGUUGGCAUUAGUUGUUAUGAAUUGGAACAGUACCACGAAGCCGAAAUGUCUUUGUCAGAAGCGAACAGGAUUGACAAUCGUAAUCCAGAAAUAUGGGGCUACUUGUGCCUUUUAAAUAUGACGCUCGAAAGAUAUGACGAGUUCGCACAGUGUUACGCAGAAGUGGUCAAAUUUCAGAAUAAUCUUAAGAAUAAAAAACUGUGGCUGAGAAUAAUGAACUUAAUGGACACCUUGAACUGGUUUCCACCAAGUUUUACAGAAACUGAAAUUUCGGUCGAGGACCAUAGUACAGAAGAAUCCGAGGAACAUCUCCAAAAUUAA